AACAAAAAUCAGGGUUCUUUCUCAUCUUUUUGUUUUCCGCCUCCUCCAACGUAAACGACAUGUCACUCUCCGUCACCUCCAACUCCAACCAUGCACCACCGCAAGAGAAUCUUCAUCGGGCGUCGCUAGUAUCAUCACUUCACAGACUCUUAACUGGUAUACUUGGCUUUUUCUCCCUCCUAUGUAGUCUCACUAGACGAGCUCUCAACUUCUUUACUAGAAACCCUAAGCCUUGUUCCAUCAUAGCUUUAUCCCCCGCCGCCGACCAAUCUGCUUCGUUGUUCUGUUCAUUACCUAAUGAUGUAGUUUUGAACUGCUUAGCUCGUGUCCCGAGACGCUACUACCCAAACCUCACUUGUGUUUCCAAAUGCCUCCGAUCUCUCGUGCAUUCUCCUGAGCUUGCACAUAUGCGAGCCUUGAUGGGCAAAAACAAUCCUGUCUUUUACGUAUGCUUUUGGGAGAGUGCUCUUUGUUUUGACGACGGGAGACAUCAUUGGUUCACUUUGAACCCAAACGAGAAGAAAACAUGUGAUCUCAACUCAGUUGAUCAGGACCAGGUUCUUUCUCGAGAGAUUGUGUUGUGUUCCUCCGUCUCCAUAGGUCACAAGAUCUACUUUGUUGGAGGAAGUAUGUGUGACAAGUCACGGGACCUAUGGAUCUUUGAUUCCUGGUCCGGCAAGUUGUGUAAGGGUCCUAAAAUGAAAGUGUCUCGCGUUAAACCAGGCGUGGCAGUGGUUGAUGAGAAGCUAUACGUAAUGGGAGGGUGCCGAGAAGGCCAGAUCAAAGUGGAGGUGUUCGAUCCAAAGACUCAAACUUGGAAAGUUGGACCAUUGAGUCGCCAUGGUAAUAUCCGAUACGGAGAAGGACGGUAUGGAGAGUUUGUGACCGAAGCUGUGGCUUUAGAUGGGAAGGUUUAUGGUAUGAGUUAUACAGAAGGGAGUCACAUAAUCUACAAUACAAAAGAUGGUAGAUGUGAGACUUUUAAGAUGGAAAUUGAAGAUGCAUAUUGGAGGAGAGGUGGAGUGUGUGUGAUAAACAAUGUGAUCUAUGUUUAUUACUUUAAUCUUGGGCUAAUGUGGUUUGACUCUAUAGAUAAGGUAUGGAGAAUGGUUAAAGGUUUGAAUAUGCUUGAUAGAGAAAUUGAGAUGGUUGGAAUGGUGGAAUUCAAUGGGAAACUCGGCUUUAUGUGGGCAAGCCUGAAAGGUUUUGUUAGAGGACAAACCAAAUUUAAGAAGAUUUGGUUUGCGAUGAUUGUGUUGGAUAGGAGUGGAGUAGAGAUCCAUGGAACGGUCGAGUGGUCUAAGCAAGUUGGAUCUGUCCCUCACUGCUAUGACAUUUGGCGUUGUCUAGGUGUUUCUUACUAAAACUUCUAAAGACAUAUAUGUAUGUUUAUGAUGGUAGGUGCUGUGAUGAUGUUUAAACAUGAGACAUUUUCGUACUUAGUGAACUGCUAUAUUAUUGAUAUAUAUGUUUAUGAUGGUAAGUGAUGUGAUGUUGUUUAAACAUGAGACAUUUUCGUACUUA